AUGAAGGCCAACAAGUCAGACCUCCUCGACAUCAAGGACCUCCUCCUCGAAACUGGCCGAGCAAUCCUGAUGUGCUUGCACUCUUGCGAGCUAGAAAACUGGACGUCCGCACAAGUUCGUCUUGAUCACAGCAUCGGAAGCCGCGAGUCGAGCUCCGUUGUGGAAGAGUACGUUCAGACGACCAAACUUCUCAAUGCAGGCCUUCAUUACGCUCUCACGGUCCGAGACGUUCGAAAUGUCGCUCUGGUUGCCGCCUCGUUGAAGGAUAUCUCCUCUCAUGUCUCUACGCCCAGGCCUGAUGUGCCACCGGCCACCAUUACAACCUUGUUGGCGAAGCGUCCUGAGGUCAUUUCGAUGAAUUUAGCGUUACAAGGAGAGAACUUCUGCAGGGAUGAGCUCCUAUCUCUCUCUCUCUCUCUCUCUCUCUCUCUCUCUCUCUUACUCUCUUACUCUCUUACUCUCUUACUCUCUUACUCUCUUACUCUCUCACUCUCUCUCUCUCUCUCUCUCUCUCUCUCUUACUCUCUUACUCUCUUACUCUCUCACUCUCUCACUCUCUCACUCUCUUACUCUCUUACUCUCUUACUCUCUCACUCUCUCACUCUCUCACUCUCUUACUCUCUUACUCUCUUACUCUCUUACUCUCUUACUCUCUCACUCUCUCACUCUCUUACUUACUCACUCACUCACUUACUCACUCACUCACUCACUCACUCACUCACUCACUUCUCCGAGAUACUGAGAUCUUAUAGAGAAUGUGGUGCUGUAGUUUGUUCAAGCCUGUCUACAUUCUGUUUCGUAGCUUUCUUUGCUAUAGACCGUUCAUAUCGUCUCGUCCUCGUCGGCUGCGCGCUCCUAGAGCCAGAGUCUUUGCGAUCUUUCUAA